AUGGCGGAUAGUCUCCGCCUCUCGCCCGUCUUCGAGCGCGUUCAGAGCGACCCUCUCAGGAACAUGGAGGGUUUGAACCCAGAGCGUGCCUUGCGGUUGCUGCAGCCACGCUCUCCGGAAAUGCCAACCAACAUAUCGGUUGGGCCACGGAUGUCGGGUAGCAACGCCCUCAGUCUCGGCGUGGCUACCUCUCAAAAGCAGUCGGGCGUCAAAAAAGAGCUCUCUCCAUCGCAGAAUGGAAGAGGAGCUCAGCCUCUUGUGCAUCUCCCAAAGAACCCUACCUUGGUGAUUGCGGGAGUCAAGAGACCUCGCGAUCAUCUGGACAACUCAGAGUCGUACGCCCAGAAGCACCCAUGCUCAAAUCCUCCCUCAUUCCCGCCUCCACCGCCAACAAAUAUUCACACCAUCUACUUGGAAAGCCUUAUUACGCCACGCUGCCUCUUGCUGACAAUCAAGUCAAGGCGUGGCGAUGGCAGCCAGGCAAUUUUGACCCAGUAUCGUUCAAUUUCGAAUGCAGGCCUGCUUCUAGUAAACGCGAUCCAAGCCCGGCUAGAUCUCCCUGUUCUACAGCUGCCAGCUCCAAACGAGGUGGAGGGGAGUCUAGAGCGGGUCAUUCAAGGGGACCUUCUGGAAACUGUUUGGUGCGAUAUCACACCCGAGGCAAAGUAUGCCUAUGCGCGCCAACUGCGUCACAUUCUCAACAAUAUGCGUAGUGGCAUGAAUCCAAUUCAUGCCGACUCGACUACUUCAGGCACGAGGAGUAUGCUAGGAUCCGCCAUGUCAGGUCCCUUCUCUCUGAUGCUGGAUCAGCAUGUCCAGAAUACAUAUUGGGCAGUACGUGUUGAGCCCACAUGCCGCCAAUUUGUUGCUUUCUUGGCGUCUUCAUUCGUUCAGUCCGUUCCGACACAAGUUACCGAUGCUCUGAAAUGUCAGUUCCGGUCAGACUAUAAUAUCCGUUUCACGCAUGGUGAACUGAGCCCGAAAAAUAUCAUCGUUCAAAACAGCAAAAUAGUGUGCAUUCUCGGCUGGGAUAGUGGAGGUUGGUAUCCAGAGUGGUGGGAGUACGUCAAGUUCUUCGAGGCUCGCACUGCUCCUGAAAACCAAGACUGGUACGACUAUGCUCGCGACAUUUUUGUUGAGACUUUCCCAAACGAACUUGUGGCGUAUCAGGGCAUUGCCAGAUGCCAGAGGCAGUAA